AUACACAAUUCGCCCCUAGCCCAAAAAACCAAAAAUAACCCAACUUCAUACACUAAUAAUGUCUCGUAAAAUUCAACAUUAUAGUCACAACCAUCUGUUGAAUCAACUUGAUGACAUACGAGAAGUGUACAGAGAAGACAUUAUAAUCACUUGCAAGUUAUGCGAGCUUCGAAUCGGCCAUAACCAAAAAUGCUACGAUUGCAGAAAAGGAUGUUUCUAUACACUUCACAAAAUAUGCGCUGAGUUUCCACAAUACCUUGACCAUGUGUUGCACCCUGAACAUGGUCAUUUGAUGCUUAAGAAGAGAUCCAUAGACGACACUAGUAAGUGUUAUUAUUGUGAGAAUUCCUUCCAAAGCCAACAAACUCUUGCUUACAUAUGCACUCAAUGUUCUCUUCACAUACAUACCACAUGCGCUUUAAUUCCUAUACCCACCUUGAUACGUGACAACGAUAAUGAUACCAAAGCUCAAUAUCUCUGCCAUCAACAUCCAAUGUCAUUGGUCGAGCAUGAUCAGUCAAAGGAUCAAGCUCAAUGUUUUGUGUGUCAAUCAAUUUGGUCCGGUUUAGCCUAUUCUUGCUCCUCUCCGGGUUGUAAGAAUUUUCUUCAUUAUUCUUGUGCAAAUUUUCAAUCCAAAAUUGAUCAACAUCCUUCUCAUUCACACCAUCCUCUAAUACUUCAAUUCAGUAUGCCUCAAUCUUGCAAUGUAUGCUGUAAGAAAGAUUGUAUGCUUACUUUCAGGUGUCACAACAGUGGGUGUAAUUUUAAUUUGUGUACGGAGUGUGUUGUUCCUAAGAUAUCUGUGAGAUGUCAAAGUCAUGAUCACUCACUUUCCUUUGUGGAGAAAGCGUUUUACAAAGGUAUUUGUAAUGCUUGUCAAAAAUCGUAUACACAAUGGAGUAGUGAGUGUGUUGUUCCUAAAGAAGUAAAGCGUACCCAAUCCAUUUUAUUUCGCUGUGUGGAGUGUGAUUUUAAUCUUCAUUUUUUAUGUGGUCCAUUGCCAUCCAUCAUUAAAUUUGAUUAUCACAUACAUUCUUUAACUCUUGUUGACCAUUACAUAACUAAAGAUGACCACAAUGAGGAAUUCUAUUGUGACAUAUGUGAAGAAGAAAGGGAUCCAUACAUUCGCAUUUAUUGUUGUAAAGAUUGUGAUUUCGCUGCACAUAUUCAUUGUCUACUUAUUGAGAUCAUGAAGAUAAUAAAGGGUAGUGGUGGUGAUAGCAAUGAUGUGAAGUUAAUGGCGUUGGGAGAGUGUGGAUGGACUGAAUCAAUUGAUACAAAUGAUGUACUACAUACCACUCUUGGAGAGUUUCUGACCAACACCUUAACUGAUCAAGACAAUGCAUUGUUGAGUAAUCCUUUUACUUUUGAUUGUUCAUCACAGGACAAGACUGAUGUAGAUCAAUUUUACAAGUUUCGCACACAAGCGAAUUAUCUUCUAUUUGAUAAUCAGUUUCGAUCAUCAAUUGAAAAGAUUUAUCAAAUCAAUCACUUUCCUUCUUUUACUUCAAACGAUUUCAACAACUUCUUUUGGGAGCUUGUAUGUUAUAGACCUAAAGAAGGGUUGAAAUUGGAUGAGAAGUACUUGAGACAAAAAGUGGUUGAUAUUAAAGGAUACAAAGUACCACUCACACUGGCUCACAUCUUAAACACUUUGCUCCACCGAUACACAGAAUCAGAUCUCUUUGGUGAAAGUGUUUGGAAUUGGACACCUGGAAUAAAGAGCGUCUUUGCUACCACAUUUUGUAUGGUUUGUGAUCAAAUGUGCAGAACUAACAUCAACGAUAUCACUAAACAUGUUCUUCAGGAUUGGUUUUUCUAUCUAAAUGUCAUCGCAGGAACUAGGUACAGAAAUGCGGUUAGACUUACGAAAUUUAUAGACAAGAUCAUGAAACGUUUUUUCUGUUUUGAAGCAAUGAGAUAUGAAAAAGACAUUAAAGAAAAACUACAGGGGAGGAUUGCGGACUUAAAAGCUGAGUUGAAGAAAUGCGAAGAGAAGCUUGACAUGUUCAACACUCAUAUAUCUCAGACUUUAGAGAAAAUAAAAAGCCCCAUUAAUGAUGCUUUGAGUUUGAAAGAGAAAACUGUCGAUCAAAUAAUUGGUUUUGAUGAACUUCUUUAUUCAAAAUUUGAAUCUGUACAUUUUCCUUGACUUCAAAACAAUGUAAUGUUAUAACAUAUUCAUGUGUGAUCAUACUAUAAACAACCGAAAUAAUAUUUGUGAUUGUUGGCUUGAU